AUGGCAAUGAAGAGAAAACGAGGAGAAAAAAAAAGAGGAAGAGAAGAAGAAGGUGAUGAUGAUCCAUUGAAGUUGAAGCUAGGCAAUGAUCCAUGGACUGUGAAGAAGAAGCUGACGAAAAGUGAUCUCAAUGGUCUUAGUAGAGUGAUAUUACCAGGUGAUCAAGUGAAGAAGAAUGUGCUUCCACACCUUAAUUCCCAAGAACUCCAUGAUGUGGAAUGGAGUAAUGGAGGACACAAGGUUUGGGUGGAGGAUUUGGAUGAAGGAAGCCUCCAUUUGUUGAGUUUCAAGACGUGGAAGAGCAACGGAUCUUAUAAGCUUGGGUUGAACUGGAUUUCAGAGUUCGUGAAGAAAAGAAAACUUAGGAAUGGCGAUAUGAUUGGGAUGUUCUGGGAUGAUUCCACUAGGGGUUUUUGUUUCUCUGUUCUUAAGAGAUCUCCUCAGCCUCCUCCUGAUCCUUCUCUGUGCAAAUUCGCACGUAAAUACCUUUGUCUCAGCCCGCGUACGCCUCUCCCAUGAUUCCUCUAUCUCAGUUCUCUCACACACAUGGAUUAAUGCAAGAAACUGACCGAUUCUAUUCAUGUCUUUUUUCUGGUUUUUUUUUUGUUUAUAUUGCAGUUACUGUUGAGAACAUGAGUACUGUAGCAAUGGUUGCAAAUUAAUAGUUAUGGUUAACUACUUGAUGGGUGGAUUUGUUUGUU